AUGAUACCUGCAGACUUUCACGAAUACGUCUAUUCUGAGCCAGGAUCUCGCGGCACGGGGGGACCUGUCCAAGAAUACGGAGUUCCCAUGUUGCGGGAUGUUAGCUCCGGAGAUCUUGGGCUCGGCGUCCGUUCCGUGACAUCAUACAACGGGCUUCGAGUCACAGCGGACUCAGCAUACCUAUUUGAUAUACCUCCCAAUUUGAUCAUCAGGACAGAAUCACCUGUGGCCCGAAAUCUGUUUGAUGGGAAGAAGGCAAUAGGAGUUGAGUUGACCAGUGGCACGCAAUACUUUGCUACUCAAGAAACCAUAAUCAGCACUGGUGCUAUCGACUCGCCAAAGAUUCUGCUGCUCUCUGGAAUGGGGCCCCAGGAUGAGCUGGCAGAACUCGGCAUUCCGGUCACUUCGGUCCGCCCAGGAGUUGGAAACAACUUCAAGGACAAGUGUAUGGUCUAUCUAAAGGCCCAUCUACAGCCAGGCACAGUGCUGAGCAUCAACAUGAGUGACGUGGCCCAUUGGCAGCAGCAAUGGGAAGAAGAUCGAACGGGACUAAUGGUUGUUGAGCCCUGUCGGAUCACGACGAGAUACUUUAAGCUCGAAAAUCCGGGGACAUUUGCCGAAUUCCAGCAGCUUGAUGAGCAGGCAAAGCAGCUGCUGAUGCGGCCGCGGACUACUGCGUACGAAAUAGCGCCAGUAAGGAAUAUUUGCGGAUCCAACAACUGGCGGUUCCUUGUUCGGGACGCCUGUCAUCUUGAUGCACCCUCAAUCAACGGAAAAUUCUCCCUCCGAAGCUCUGACCCGGCGGCAGCUCCUAUUAUCCCGUUGGACUACCUGAAGAACCCCUAUGAUCGUCGAGUUCUUGUGGAAUCGACCAAGAACGCGAUCGAUUUCAUAUACAGCUCCAAAUCCCUGCUGUUGAGCCCAUCGUGGGCCUCACAGGUAAAACAGACGAGGACAUUCUGGUACAGCAGUCUCCAAAGAUGA